AAAUAAACCUUAUCCCCUAAUCAUUUUAUUUUUUCGUACUGAUAAAAUUACUUAUCCUCUCCCUUACAGGCAUGUAAAUAAUUUAUACUUGCAAUCCCUUUUCUUGGAAUAUAAACAAAAAGGACAACAUCUUGGCGGUCAUGGACCGUUCACCAGGGUUUUGUGUGAAAUCCUUUUACUCACUCAGAGGAGCAAUACAACAUAUUGAGGAACAGCCAGUACCAGAUGAAGUGGAAAGCAUUGAGAUUACUCAGGUGCCUCCAGACGUUGAUGGGCUUACAGAUGAAGAAGAUUUAGAUGAUGAAGUCAUAGAUGAUGAUUGUAGAGAUCCCUCGUUGUUACCACCAGAGGUGAGUGGUAAUGUGGAACUACAUCAGUACCCUGAAGGAGAUGAUGUGGAAGACUCACCGCCUAAGAAGAAGACUAAGGUCUCACAAACAGAAAGGGUUGUAUGGAGGAAAGAAAAUCCGACCUACAAUAUAGAAAAUGCCACCAAUGGAGCAGAACAUAAAAGAGAAGAAAUGAAAGAGAAACUUAGAGGGAAAAGUAAUGUAGAAUUGUUUGAACAAUUCUUUACUGAAGAACUUUUGGAAAUGAUUGCCACUCAGUCAAAGUUAUAUGCUUCUCAAAAUAAUGUGCAUGAAUAUAUCAUCACUCCUGACUGCUUACGGGUGUUUUUAGGCAUAUUGCUAUUUACUGGAUACCAUAGGCUACCAAGUGAGCGUCAGUAUUGGAGUUGUGAUGAAGAUCUGGACACAACUAUCAUAAGGAAUGCCAUGCCGAGGAACAGGUACACAGAAAUCAAGAAAUAUCUACAUUUUGUUGAUAAUGAAAAGGCCUCCCAAAACAAGGACGACAAAGCUUUCAAACUAAGACCAAUAUAUGAUUAUCUGAAUGAGAAGUUCAAAUCAUUUGGUAUAUUUUCCAGAGAACUGUCAAUUGAUGAACAGAUUGUGAGGUAUUAUGGAAAGAAUGGCCUGAAACAGUUCAUGAGAGGAAAGCCAAUCCGCUUUGGAUUCAAGCAGUGGAUUAUGUGUUGUGGAAGAACAGGAUACUGCUAUCAAAUGGAUCUCUACCAAGGGAAAGAGAAGAAAGAAACUGGAAGCAUGUUCAAAGACACCCUUGGGGGAAAAGUAGUCCUGGCAAUGACACAACACUUGGAUAAUACAAGUGACCAUGAAAUUUAUCUGGAUAAUUUCUUCACCAGUUACAAGUUGCUUGCACACAUGAAAGAUCUAGGUAUUCGAGUCACUGGAACAACUCGUGCCAAUCGAACUGCCAAAUGUUCACUGGAGAGUGACAAUGACAUGAAAAAAAAGUCACGUGGAGUUUAUGACUACAAGUUUGACCAAGAAAAUGGAAUUUUCUUUCUAAAGUGGCAUGACAAUAGCUUAGUUACCAUUGGCAGUAAUCACCAGUCCUUUACCCCAGUUGGGUCUGCUAAACGGUGGAGCAACAAAGAGAGGAAACAUAUCAAUGUCCCCCAGCCUCACCUCAUUGCCAUGUAUAACAAAUACAUGGGAGGAGUUGAUCACCUUGACUGGCUGACUCAGAAAUACCGGAUUGGUGUGAGAGGGAAGAAUGGUACUUCAACCUAUUCACUAACUUGGUUGACACUGCUGUUGUGA